AUGCCUGGUGAUGAGAGACAACAAUCUUCUUCGGCCGAAGCUAAUGGUCCUGCCGACCUGGAAUCGCAGCGACUUCUCCCGGAUUUGUCAAAUGAAGAACAAAACGAUGCUAGUCACUCUGACAUAGGCGCUUCAACCCCCGAUGAGCCGCCGUCUCAGUCCACCGCAUCACCGCAUCCAGACGGCCAGCGCCGCACUCCUCGCACUCAGAACCGCGUGAGAUUCGAUAUAGAGGAUGAUACCGAGGAUGGGAGCCAUACGAGUGGAGACAAUCGUGACUCCGAAGAACUUUGGCUGGACGAGGAGGACUAUGCUGGGACUGACAGGGGCCGUUCGGGGCAACGUCAUUCUGGACAAAGAAUCCCCCUCCUAACGAACAUUGAGGCACCCAGCGUAACGCUUGCUACGUCUGACGAAUUAUUUCCCGAAGAGCAUCUGGAGAGCGCGAGGCCUCGAAGCGGAAUGAAGAUGGCGUUCAUGAACAUGGCAAACAGCAUUAUCGGGGCGGGAAUUAUAGGCCAACCAUAUGCCUUGAAACAAUCAGGAAUGCUAAUGGGAAUACUUCUUCUGGUCGGCCUUACGGUCACGGUGGACUGGACUAUCCACUUGAUAGUUGUCAACUCGAAACUGAGCGGCGCAGAUUCCUUUCAAGCAACGAUGCAGCAUUGUUUCGGAAAGUCUGGUCUAAUCGCCAUUUCUGUUGCCCAAUGGGCGUUUGCGUUUGGUGGAAUGGUUGCAUUUUGUAUUAUUGUCGGGGACACUAUACCGCAUGUUUUGAGUUCUCUAUUUCCCUCUCUUCAGGACAUGUCAUUUCUUUGGCUUCUCACCGAUAGACGAGCCAUCAUUGUACUCCUUGUCCUGGGGAUCUCGUAUCCACUAUCACUAUAUCGGGACAUUGCCAAGUUAGCGAAAGCAUCGACUUUGGCCCUAUUAAGUAUGGCAGUUAUUGUUAUUGCUGUGUUUACCCAGGGCUUUCGCGUAUCACCCGAGUCGCGUGGUGAUGUGAAGAGCCUAUUUUUUGUGAACUCUGGGUUCUUCCAAGCUGUUGGAGUGAUCUCAUUUGCAUUUGUUUGCCACCACAACAGCCUUUUGAUCUAUGGUUCACUGAAGAAGCCGACCUUGGAUCGAUUUGCGACGGUUACCCAUUACUCGACCGGUAUUUCCCUUUUAAUGUGCCUACUCAUGGGCGUGUCUGGUUUCCUCUUCUUUGGUUCACAGACCCAAGGCAAUGUACUAAAUAACUUCCCGUCGGAUAACAUCCUGAUUAACAUAGCGCGGCUCUGCUUUGGUCUGAACAUGCUUACUACGUUACCGUUAGAAGCAUUUGUAUGCAGGGAAGUCAUGACGACCUACUUCUUUCCUGACGAGCCUUUCAACAUGAAUCGGCACUUGAUAUUCACAUCUGCCUUGGUGGUAACAACUGUAGCUAUGGCACUGCUAACCUGCGACCUGGGAGCCGUCUUUGAAUUGAUCGGUGCGACAAGUGCAGCCACACUGGCGUACAUUUUCCCUCCACUAUGCUAUAUUAAGCUGAGCAAUGCGUCUCGAAAGGAGAAGAUUCCGGCGUACGUGUGCAUUGCCUUUGGAAUUACCGUCAUGGGUGUUAGCCUCAUACAAGCAGUUGGGAAGAUGAUCAAUAAUGAAGGUGGCACAGCAACCUGCAGCUAA